AUGGCCACGGCGUCGCCGGCGUGGAUAGUGCCGGUGCUGCUUGCCCUCGCGGCCCUUUGCGCGGCGGCGGAGGCGGAGGCGUCGCCAGCGAAGGUGCCGGCGAUGUACGUGUUCGGGGACUCCACGGCCGACGUCGGCAGCAACAACUACCUGCCAGGCAACGCGGUUCCGCGGGCCAACUUCCCGCACAACGGCGUCGACUUCCCCACCUCGCGCCCCACCGGCCGCUUCAGCAAUGGCUACAACGGCAUCGACUUCUUAGCUCUGAACAUGGGCUUCAAGCGCAGCCCCCCGCCGUUCCUCUCGGUGGCCAACAGAACCAACAGGCAGAUCACGCGAGGGCUGCUGGGAGCAAACUUCGCCUCUGCAGGAUCAGGCGUUCUUGACACGACGGGGGACUCCAUCGUCUCGAUGAGCAAGCAGGUGGAGCAGUUCGCCACUCUGCGAUGCAACAUCUCUGCGCGCAUCGGCGAAGAGGCGGCCGACACCGUGCUGUCGAGGUCCCUGUUCGUCAUCAGCACCGGCGGCAAUGACAUCUUCGCCUUCUUCUCGGCUAACAGCACGCCGACGGCCGCGCAGAAGCAGAUGUUCACCUCCAACCUCGUUUCGCAGUACAAAAAUCAUGUGAAGGCUCUGUUCGGCCUCGGGGCGAGGAAGUUGGCCGUGAUCGACGUCCCGCCGAUCGGGUGCUGCCCAUACCCGAGAAGCCUGCACCCUCUCGGUGCGUGUAUCGACGUCCUCAACGAGCUGACCCGUGGGCUCAACAAGGGCGUCAAGGACGCCAUGCAUGGCCUCAGCGCCAGCUUGGGUGGCUUCAAGUACUCCAUCGGGAGCUCACACGCCGUCGUGCAGAGCAUCAUGAAGCACCCCCAAAGACUAGGAUUCAAGGAGGUGACCACGGCGUGCUGCGGCUCCGGCAAGUUCAACGGCAAGUCGGGCUGCACGCCCAACGCCACGCUGUGCGACAACCGGCACGAGUACCUCUUCUGGGACCUGCUGCACCCGACGCACGCCACGUCCAAGCUCGCCGCCGCGGCCAUCUACAACGGCUCGCUGCACUUCGCAGCGCCCAUAAAUUUCAGGCAGCUAGCGGAGGACCAGUGCUAG